UGCUGAUGGCAGGCUGGCGCAGCUGCACCGGUGGUAGCUAGUUCGUUGUCGCUGCCAAACGCGGCCUAGCACCCGCUGCGGCAAGGCGAGGCAAAAAGGACUUCGUGAAAGACAAAGAAUAUUAUAGAAAUGCGUCUGGUCAGAUCGGCAUCGGCCUAACCCUAUUUUUAAGUCUGAGACUUUCUUGAGCGACGAGAGACUGAUUGAAUACCAAAACACUAAAUCUGUAAGUAGAAAGCAUGUUGUUCCGAUGCAAUCGCACGGUAAGAGCUAGGUUGUUCUGUCCUGAGAGGAGUUACCUGGCGCGCUAUCAAUCUGUCGUGAGAGAAAACAUUUAAUCUUUCGACGAGGCAACCUAUCUUCAUCAAUCUGUGCCCAUGUUAGAGUCUUCCGAAAGCGGCGUAUUUUGAUUUUCACUUUCCAUUUUUCUCAAUUCAAAACCAGUCCGAAAGCGUAAGAUAGAGCAGUCAGCCUGCCCUUUUUGCCGCCCCUCCCCCUGUGAAUGGAUGUUUAUUUAGUAACGUACGUACUAUUGAUGUGUCGAAAGAAUUUUGAUACGAACUUCUUUUUUCUCGUGAAGAUUCCUCAUUUCACAUAGUUGCAUGUAAAAGCAAAGGCGGCCACGGGCUUCUAUCUUCAAUCUUCCUUAGACUAGCCUUAGACCGAAAGUAAAUCAAAAUGGCAGACGGCGGUCAGUAUUACGACCAAAGCUGGUCCGGCGGUUGGCCAGACCAAGGUGGUGAGGACUGGAACCAAGACCACUGGCCAGAACAUAUGCAGAGUGAUCCAAACCAAGGCAAUGCCUAUGGUUGGGGAGGCGAGGAGAGCUGGCAUGGCAGUGCGGAUGACCCAGAUUUCAAUACCUGUUGGGGCGACGCGCCGAGCACGGAACACCAUAGAGGUGCUAAAGAGUAUUUCGAGGAGUGGGAGGGAAAGCACUACCAUGCAGCGGCGAAAGAAGCUGGUGAUGGGAGACGGGUGCAAGCGGGAAUGACGAAAGGGGUUUACAAGCCGAUUAUUGAAUACGGAGAGUUCUUCUACAUGGUAAUCAACGUUGACGGAGCACCGAUGUUUGCAGACGUGAACAGCAACGACGCUGAGGUGGGUCGUGCGCAGCUAGGCGAAGUUAUUCCCUGUGACGCGCGAGCGAGACCUGGUAAGGACGGCUUGAAAUAUGUCCGUGGUUUCAAGGGAGAAUGGAUUCUGGAGACGGCCUAUGGACCGGGGAUGGGCAGCAAGAUUCCCAUCUUAACGGAAGUCAACACUUCGAACAAGAAAAACGAACAACUAAAGGCCGUUCAGUUCACUGCUAUGCGCAACCUACCGGUUUUCCAUACUCCUUGUGUGUAUUUACCCGUAGUCAGUGUCAUGCCAGCAGGAAGCUUUAUCCGAAUUCAGGAGUAUGUCCAGUACUAUGCAACCAACGGAGAGGAGAUCAUCAUGUACCAUUUGAAUGACAUGACGGGAGCAGCAAUGGAUGGAUGGGCGCCCUUGAUGUUACCGGGAAAUCUUCUAGGCAUCUCGGAGUCGAACUUGAAGCAUUUGCAUCCGCCAAUACACUUUUUGUGCAAUGCACUGGGAGGGGUGUUGCCGAGGUACUUGUGAAGUUUACUGAGAGCGUAAACGAGCAGUAGUAGAGAUAAAAAGAUCUGAUCGUGGUUCUCAUCUGUCAAGAUUGAGUCGCAUGAGGAGCUUACAUCAAUUUCGUCUUGAUCUUUCCACCACUCGUCUCAACACUUCAUUUGCUCCCUCGUGUUGAAACCAAAACGACAGGUGGGGCCCAACCCUCGACGCUACGCAGAAGAUUCAAGGUGCUAGACCCCUCAGCCAAGGCGCGAUGUUGGAAACCGAUACUAUCGUGAGGCACAAGUAUACGCAUGAAGAGUAUGCCCAAGUAUGGAUGCCGCCACCUUUGAACAGCUAUGGUUGGAUGCCGAUUAAGUUGUAUACCGAUGCGACGCAUACUUUGCACGAAUUGAUGCAGCCUUGCGAGUACAGGAUUGAGUGGUGGAGCUAUAAAGUGUGCCAGCCGAAUGCGGUAUAAUUUUCCUUGCGUGCUGUCUGUCUAGUUACAGUUUAUUUAGUUAUUAGACUACGUUUGGUUUUGACUUGUUCCUUGUGUCUAUUAUUGGGUGCUGUAGGAAUCAGCGCUGAUACAAUUCGAUGCAUCAUGUCGCUCAAAGGUCAUCAUCGUUAUCCGACAUGUGGAUCAUGUGUAGAAAAUUUGCACAACGACCAAAUAAAUGUCGCAGGUUCGCGCUUUCGCUGGCCCUUCUUGGCACUCGAAGCCUAUCACCAAGCCUUUCAAGGCUGCCUUCCGCUGUAUCACUUGUGAAGUGAUAGACCUCGGCGUCCAGGACAAGCACCGGCAACCUUGCUGGAUGAAGCUUGCUCCCCCACUCAGCGGUUGGGUUCCAAUGUUCGACCAAACUUGUAGCCGCAAACUUUUACUGCCCUUAGGAAAAGAAGCACCGGGAAAAGCGGAGUUUUCUGCCAUGUUGAGGAACACUAGGGAAGCGGUUAAAGGGGGCGACCACGCAGAUGCACAUGAUGCGCUGCACAGACUGGAGAAGGAUGUAGAACAGCAAAUGCGAAGAGUAGGAAGAGAGCAGGAGAAGAAGUUCAGACGUAAAACAGAGGGCUUCUUCAAUAACACGGAGGCUAGAGACGCGGCCUCCAGAGAACAGGAACGACUGUCUGAAGAUGCCAAAUUCUUGGCGAGGAUAAAAUAACAGCUGCACAACUGUUGGUUGUCUAAUACAACUUGUGAGAAAUCUUAAUCUUCUCCUGGAUAGAAUGAAAAAUGAAUACUUGUUCUUGUUUUACAUUAAGGUAUCAGCAGCGAAGACGACGACUAC